UAUAUAUACUGGGGGACUAUCCCCAGACCGGCGUCUGCGUUUGUUCGAAAGUCUUGCUCCUCCCUCAGCCUUUUGUCUCGGGCCCAAACUGUACCGAUCAAGCCCCUCAAGCCACCCACAUCAUAUCUCUCUCUCCAUACCCCAUAAGAUCUUCUGAUCUAGCUUUGUUUAUUAUACCCUCCCUUCCCUUCCCUUCCUCCCCGGACCUGGGUGGUACCGGUAGAGUGUUUCUCAUAACGGAGACAUACUCUAUAGCUUAGUGACCUAAGCGUCUCACCUACUCGUGUAAUUACCGCCUAUCAUAAAGCCUCCUUUCUGUUGAAUAGUUAUGGAGGGCGCGUCGAAAGAAUGGCCCGCAACGUUCGGGGCAAACGAUGAACGUCCCACUUACAGCUCCGAGGAGACUGUGGGUCACGUCAACGGUGGCCGCACGCUUGUGGGGCCGACCGUUGAUCAAACUCUUGCCGAAAAGGUUGCCGAAAAGGAUAAAGUCAAAACGGAGACCGGAAAGCGAGAACUAAAGGAAGAAGAUUGCGAAAACGAGCUCGGAUUUGCUUUCUCUUGGUGGAAGAAGUGGUGGAUUCUCACUGUCAUCUUCCUCGUCCAAACUUCGAUGAACUUCAACACUUCUCUAUACUCGAACGGUCUAGAAGGAAUCUCGCUGCACUUCAACGUUAGCGAGCAAGCUGCCCGUCUUGGCGCUGCCAUCUUCCUUAUUACUUAUGCCUUUGGCUGUGAGCUAUGGGCUCCAUGGUCUGAAGAGUUCGGCCGAAAGCCUAUCUUGCAGGCAUCUAUGUUUCUUGUCAACAUUUUCACUUUACCAGUUGCCCUGGCUCCCAACUUCGGCUGCCUGCUAGCUGGGAGAGCCCUCGGUGGUCUGUCUACCGCCGGAGGAAGUGUGACGCUUGGUAUGGUGGCCGAUAUGUUCGAAAGCGACAGACAACAAUAUGCUGUGGCUUAUAUUGUUUUCUCUUCCGUCGGCGGGUCUAUUCUAGGCCCCAUCGUUGGCGGUUUUGUCCAGACACUCGCUCCGGACCAGGCGUGGCGGUGGUGUACCUGGAUCCAGCUGAUAUUUGGUGGAGCUGUGCAGCUACUACACCUUUUCACAGUACCCGAAACCCGCACAACAAUUAUGUUGAACAGGAUCGCCAAGAAGCGUCGAGAGAGCGGCGAGGACCCUAACAUCUACGGCCCCGAUGAGAUAGAGUCUUUCUGGGCCAGAUUUACGCUCAAGGAACUCAUCUACACCUGGCUCCGCCCCUUCCGAAUGUUCCUUACCGAACCCAUCGUGUUGACGCUGUCACUACUCUCUGGAUUUUCGGAUGCCCUCAUAUUUAUGCAAAUUCAGUCCUUUGCGCUCGUCUAUACCCGUUGGAACUUUAACUCUUGGCAGAUUGGCCUCGCUUUCGUUCCUAUCGGCCUUGGUUACGUCUUUGGUUGGCUCCUCUUCCUCCCAGCCUUCAAGCGGAAUCAAAGGCGUCGCGAGAAACACCCCGAAGACGAGCACGCUCAAUAUGAGUCGCGUCUUUUCCUCCUACUUUGGCUCGUUCCUUGCUUGCCUAUCGGUCUCAUUAUCUUCGCCUGGACGAGUGGUGGCCCGCCACUACACUGGAUUGGCUCUAUGUUUGGCACGUGCAUAAUAGGUAUUGCCAACUACGCCAUCUACAUGGCUACAAUUGACUACAUGAUCUGUGCGUAUGGGCCCUAUUCCGCCUCGGCCACUGGUGGUAAUGGUUGGGCGCGUGACUUCCUGGCUGGUGUCCUCACGCUUCCGGCAACUCCCUUUUAUACCAAUAUUGGUGCCGAAAAGGGACUGAACCUGCAAUACGCGUCAACCAUCCUGUUCUGCAUUGCGUUUGUCCUGGUCAUUGCUGUGUAUGUAAUAUACUGGAAGGGCCCGGUCCUGCGGAAGCGCUCGCCCUUCGCUCAGAGCUUAGCUCAAGGGGCUGCUCAAUAUGGUGGUCAUGCUCUUAGUCACGUACACUCUCGCCCAUCGACUGCGGGAGGUGAUACACGACCACAAACAUCUACCACCCACUCGCGACCGACAACUGCACCAAACGCACCAACCCGAGAAACCAUGCAGAAGCGACCCGGAGAUCGCAUGUCCGCAUCGCGACACAACUCCUACUACUCGAGCGCGCAGGCUGCAAGCCGACGCCAGAGCCGACAGGCCAGCCGCAACCCCAGCAGACGGAACAGUAAUGAUCAUCAUCGGAUGUCUACGGACAGUGAAGAGGAAGGAGUAUCUCACCACCAUCUCCAUAACCGACUGCAAAAUCUAAACACUAUCGCUUCGUUACCGACGCAACCAACAGAGUCCCACCCAUAGGGCGGUGUCGACUAAUACUACCAUAUUCUACCAACU